GGUGGUAAAACAUUCAUGAAGAUUCGUUUUGAAAUUGACAAAAAAAAAAUUGUAUGAAUUAAAUUUUAAUAAAAACAUUAAUACACAUAUAAUAAUAAUAAUAAUAGAUAUAACAAUCGAAUAAAUUAUUAUUGAAAUAGUUCGCCCUUGAGCUCAUGAUUAUAACUGAUAACAGAUUCCAAUUGACAUUCGUAAGAACACCGUGAAAAUGGACAUCGCAAAGCACCUAACAAUUAGAAAGGCCGAAAAAACAGAUAUGAAAUAUGUUUUUGAAAUGAUAAAGGAACUAGCUGUAUUUGAAAAUAUGGCUGACCAAGUAAAAGUUACUGCCAAAACAUUGGAAACUGAUGGAUUUUCUGAGAACCCAGUGUUCACUUGUUACGUAGCAGAAGUGAAUAACAAAAUCAUAGGCUAUACUCUCUAUUAUAUAUGUUAUUCAACAUGGAUUGGAAAAUCGAUAUUCCUAGAAGAUUUAUAUGUAAAAGAUAAAUACAGAAAACAAGGAAUUGGAAAGAAACUAAUCUUAACCAUUGCAAAACUUGCUUAUGAGACAAGUAGUAGGUUAGAUUUUCAUGUACUAUCUUGGAAUCCAGCGAUUGAAUUUUACAAGAGUUUAGGAGCUGUUAAUUUAUCAGAUACUGAAAAUUGGCAACUAUUCAGACUGAACAAAGACAGUCUUUGUAAAUUGUUUAAUUAAUAAAUAUAUUCUUGUUCAAAGUGGAA